AUGGAAUCCCUCACGCCCGACCCGAAUACCUUCCGCCUGACACCGCUUAUUCAGUCCGCACUAAAACGCAGAACUUCCAAAAAAUGUCAAGAAAACGGAAAACCGAACGAGACGGACCCAUUCGUCAGUGAUAAGGCUCACCAAGAAGAAGAGGAAGAUUUAUUAAUUCAGUUCAAACGAUAUUUUUGUAGUGCGACUAAAAUUCCAGACAAAUUAAUGGAAAAGCUAGUAGAGAAGUGUAGAGAGAAUUCAGAAUUCGCUGAAGAACUAUCCACAAAUGUAUUCAAUUCCGAAAUAGUCACUUCCCAUAACAUUCGCUACCAAUUCCAGACAAAUGUUAUCAAGAAAUUCCUUGCAGCUCUUGAGAAAGAUGACGUGCCAGUUCCAGAUUCAAUGUUUGAUCGGCUUGGAGUAUUGUUGGGCUUGAAAGACGGAGAAUUCGUUGAGAAGCUAUAUCUAGACGAAAAAGGCGACAAAGUGGUCGCGAAGUUUUCGGAAUCUGUCAAUCAACUUUCCAUGGGAACCACUGGAUUAUCUGUCUGGCAAGCGUCGUGUGAUCUGGCGAACCUGUUCCGGCUGAUUCCUUCGAAUCAUUUUCGAGAGUUAUAG